GAUUGAUAUUUAGCAAGAUGUCCUUUUUUAUCUAUAAAAGUCUCGUUUUUCAAAUUACAAAAAAUUAAUUAUUAUUGAGUAAAAAAACCUUUUAAUUAAAUAACAUUCCUUUCUAUUUAUUUCUCAUUUUUAUUAAAGAAGAAUGGCAGAUAAUACCGCUACGAAGAGUUCAGAAACACCUCUUGUUCGUUUAGCACCAUUUAAUGUACCGUUUAUAAGAAGACGUCAAACAGCGGCGGUUGCGUUGUGGCUAGUUUCUUUACCGACAACGCUUUUUUUUUUCUUCAUAACUUGUACAAUAGUGUUCUUUUUGCCUUGGAUUAUUGCUUAUCUAUUAUUUGUGCUUUUUGAUAUUGCACCAGAAAAUGGCGGAAGGAGAUUUGAGUUUGCUCGAAGGGCUAAAUUCUGGAAAUGGUAUUCUGAAUACUUUCCGAUAAAGCUAAUUAAGCAAGCAGAUUUAGAUCCAUCAAAAAAUUACGUGUUUGGAUAUCAUCCACAUGGAGUUAUUUCAGUUGGAGCGUGGACAAAUUUUGCUACAGAAGCAAACAAUUUUUCUAAAGUAUUUCCUGGAAUUACAUGUCGAUUAUUAACUCUUACAUCUAAUUUCAAUAUCCCACUUUAUCGUGAUUAUUUAAUGGCCCAAGGAUGCGCUUCAGUAUCAAGACAAUCAUGUGAAAAUAUUUUAAAGAAAGGCCCUGGACAUUCUAUUAUAAUUGUAGUUGGUGGUGCUGGUGAGAGUUUAAAUGCGCGUCCUGGUGUUUAUGAUUUAGUUUUAAAAAGAAGAUUAGGUUUUAUUAAAUUAGCUGUUCGUAAUGGUGCCUGUCUGUGUCCUGUAUUUUCUUUUGGAGAAAACGAUAUAUGGGACCAGGCUGAUAAUCCAAAAGGAAGCAAAAUUUGGAAGGUCCAAAAGACAAUACAAAAAUUAUCUGGUUGGACAAUGCCUCUAUUUCACGGCCGUGGUGUCUUUAAUUAUGAUUAUGGUGUUUUACCUCACAGGAGACCGAUCACAACAAUUGUCGGAAGACCAAUUGAAGUUAAAAAAAUCGAAAAUCCAACAGAAGAACAACUUCGCGAAGUACAAGAGAAAUAUAUUAAAGAAUUAUAUAAUAUUUGGGAUGAAUAUAAAGAUAUUUAUGCAACAAAUAGAGUAAGAGAACUAACUCUUGUCGAGUGAGAAAAAAAAAAAUUUUUUUACCAAAAAUUUUUAGUAUUUAUUA